GACGGCACAGGGCUCUGAUCUGUAAGAAAUUCAGAAGAAAAGAAAAAAAGAAAAACGGCGUGUAUAUUUCACAAAGUUUGCAGAAAAUUUUUACAAAAAAUUAAAUUAUUAUUAACUUAUUACAAAGAAAAGUAAAGAAAAAUAUUAGAAUUGCAAAAAUAAUUAAAAAAAAUAUAAAAAUAAACAAAAAAUGCCAGCUGUAGUAAGAGUUAAAAGACGUAUAGACGAAGAACCUUUGUCGGCCUUUGUAUUAAAUGGCAAAAGACGACGUCUUGAAGAGGAAACGGGUGCUAGUGGUGGUGCCUUAAAUAACAAAGAAGAAUUAUCCACAUUAUUGAAAUUUGCCGGUACUAUAAAGGAACAGGAUGAUACAGCCACCACCCAAUAUGCACGCCUUUCCAAAGAGCAGGCCAAAGAGUUGGUUUUACAAAAAUCCCAUAAAUCCUCGAAUUUUAAUGAAAAACUGCGCCAGGAAGUGCGUCAACAACAACAGGAACAACGUUUUCGUGUGGUCAAUUGUUUACGCACCACUUUGGAGGGAGAUAAAAAUGAAGCCAGUGCCUCUGCCGACAAGAAAACUAAUGAAAUUACCAUAGUUGAUAUUGAAAAACAUAAUGCCACCACUACACCUAAUGCUGAUGAUAAUAAGACUGUAACAAAAUCCACAACAAAUGAACAUUUAUUGGAAGCUUCUACAUCAGCGGCAGCUGCUGCUACUAGCGCUGCUGCAGCUGCCUUAACUAUGCCUACAGAUUCCGAUACUGGUUAUGUUUAUGAUCUGUAUAUACCCGAUAAUGAACAACAGGCUGAUUAUGUCGAUCUUAUGGAUGACAAUUAUUUAAGUGUACGUGCAUUUGAUGAUUUAAUCUAUGAAGAUCGUUACAACAAUGAGGAUGAUGAAGAAUACGAUUCAGAAGAUUCAAAUCAAGAAAAUUAUUUCGCCAAUGAAUAUCCAGAUGAAGAUGAUGAUGCUGCCAUGAAUAGUGAUCGUGAAAUAGAUAUAGAUGAUAUCGAUGAAGAUGAAAGUACUAAACAUUUAAGGAAAGGAUUGGAACAAUUUGUUUUCAGCGAUGAUGAUGAAGAAAACGAUGUGGAAGGCUUUAAUGAUUCUUCUUCGGAUGAUGGUGGUUUCUAUAAUGCCUAUCGUGAUCCUUAUGUUCAUUCCAUUGAUCCCGAAGAGGAGGGUUUCUGUAAUGAUGUUGAUAGUUGUGAUGUAGAUCGUUAUGGUUUAGCUUAUGCUCGUUAUAAGGCUCGUAUUUUGAAAAAAACUAAAGCUAAAAAGGGUGAGGAUGAUGAUGAUGAGGAUGAGCUGGAGAAUGAUGAUGAAGCUGAAUUUUAUAAAACCGGCACUGAUGAAGAAGAUGACUAUUAUCAUAGUGCUAAUGAAAGUGAUGAAGACGAGUAUUAUUAAAAUGGAAAAUUUAUUUAUUUAUUAAGUUUUUUUGAUACCAUUUUAUUUAAAAAAGAUUUAAUCUCAUUGUAUUGAAUAUAUCAAAUAAAAUUGUU